AUGAGCAGUGGACUUGCCGACUUUGACGGAGAUGAUGUGAAGGUGCCGAUUGUGUCCGCACAGCCACAUAUGGGUGUGGGCAUGGGAACACACAGUGCCGUUGCCCUGGGGGGGUUUCAGGACUUUUGUCUCAAGAGCGAACUCGCCAACGCCAUCCGCGAGAACGGCUUUGAGCACCCAAGCGAAGUGCAACAUCAGGCAUUGCCGCAGGCGAUGCUUGGCGCUGACAUUCUUGCGCAGGCCAAGUCCGGUAUGGGGAAGACGGCUGUCUUUGUCUUUGCGCUGUUGGAGCAAAUUGAAAAGGUGCCAGAGGGGCAGAAGCCGCAUUGUCAGGCAAUUGUUGUCGUCCACGCCCGAGAGUUGGCGUACCAGAUUGAGCAGGAGUUCAAGCGGUUUAACAAGUAUUUGCCGUAUUGCACCACUGGUGUCUUUUUUGGUGGAAUCCCAGAGGACGAAAACGUGAAGCAGCUCAAAAAGGAAGUCCCCGCGAUAGUGGUGGGAACACCGGGGCGCCUCAGCGCACUUAUUCAGCGCAAGGCUCUCGAAGUGUCGCGCGUCAAGUGGUUUGUCGUGGAUGAGUUUGACCGCUGUUUAGAGGAUGUAAAGAUGCGCCGUGAGUACAGACGGU